AUGUAUAAAGACUGUUCAGAUAUUGUGAAAAGAGAUCCAAGCAAGAAAGGACAAGAUGGAGUUUAUGUAAUUUACGCUGACAUCCGAAGAGAGGUCUACUGUGACAUGACGACAGAUGGGGGUGGGUGGACGAGCUAUGAUGGAGAACAGGUCUAUGCUGUGUAUACCACAUUUUACAUCGGAGAUGAAGACAAUAAAUAUACAUUGACAGUAUCUGGAUACAACGGAACAGCGGGUGACAGUUUGGCUUCUCACAAUGGAUAUAAAUUCAGCACAAAGGAUCAGGAUAACGACAGGUAUGAUGGUAACUGUGCUACAAAAUGGCACGGAGCCUGGUGGUACGGCUGGUGUUACAGCUCAAACCUUAACGGAGAGUACGCCCAGUCUGCCUUGUCUGGUUGGAAAUACGUGACAUGGGAACACUGGAAGUAUGAUGGAGCGUUGAAAAAGACUGUGAUGAUGAUUAGAUACAAAAACUAG